GAGAGAGAGAGAGAGAGAGAGAGAGAGAGAGGCCUGGCUAUCCUCUUCCAUCUGGGAGCCAUCUGUGUUUUUCUGGCCUCCUCCACACUGGGGCUCACAUAUGUGGGAACACAAACACAUGCCUGACAUAUGAAGGAGUGGAGAGAGAGAGAGACGAAAAACAGAGAACAGAGAAGGAUAAGAAAGCAAAGUCACCAACAGACAAGAGCCGACUACUAGGGUGGAGACAGUGGAGAGAAGAAGUCCCCUGCCAUGCCCGGCUCUCCUGUGGAUGUCAAGACUCAUUCCAGACCAGUCCCCAGACCAGUCCCCACCAAUAGCAGCAGCAGCGCCACCAUGCCGCCCCUGCCCUCCGUCAACCCCAGCGGACCCCGGCCAGCAUCCUUCUCCUCCACCACUCUGACCAAUGGUAUCCACCACUCCCCACCCACCUUAAACGCUGUGCCCUCGCCGCCCCAGCGCUACAGCAAUGGGCCUAGCUCCUCCUCUUCCUCCUCGCUGGCCAAUCAGCAGCUCCCGGCCACGUGCGGCGCCCGGCAGCUCAGCAAGCUCAAACGCUUCCUGACGACGCUGCAGCAGUUCGGCAACGACAUCUCGCCCGAGAUCGGAGAGAGCGUCCGCAACCUGGUGCUGGCCCUCGUGAAUUCAACGGUCACCAUCGAGGAGUUCCACUCGCGGCUCCAAGAGGCCACCAACUUUCCCCUGAGGCCCUUCGUCAUUCCCUUCCUCAAGGCCAACCUGCCCCUGCUGCAGAGGGAGUUGCUCCACUGUGCGCGUGCGGCCAAGCAGACCCCGGCCCAGUACCUAUCCCAACACGAGCACCUCCUGCUGAGCACCACGCUGGCCGCGCCCCCCGACUCCUCGGAACUGCUGCUGGAGCCCAGUGAGAGAGAGAGAAACACCACUGCUAAGAGACACAGUCCUAACAGGGGCAAAGAGAACGGCUUCCACGAGCGCCCCCCCGCCCCCCUGGAGCCCCCGGCUAAGCGCAUCUGCACCAUCAGCCCGGCGCCCCGCCACAGCCCGGCCAACCCCCUGCCCCUCAGCGCUCAGCUGCACCCCACGCCGCCCCCUCUGCAGCACUACGCCCUCGAGGACAUCAGCGCCCCCCAUCUCCUGAACAGGGAGAGCAGCCACCGGAUACUGGAGCUCCGCGAGCUCAAGGACAGGCCUAGACUACCUGGCACUAACGGGGGUUACCGCGAGGAGCCCAUAGACCACAGGCUGACAGACAGAGAGUGGGCCGAUGAGUGGAGACAUCUGGAUCAUGUGUUGAACUGCAUUGUUGAGAUGGUGGAGAAGACGCGGCGUUCGGUGGCUGUGCUGCGGCGCUGUCAGGAGUCGGACCGCGAGGAGCUCAACUACUGGCGGCAGCGCUCCAGCGAGCAGGAAGACCCCCGCAAAGGAGGGGCCGCCGCCGCCGUGCCCGCCCCCUUCUCCAAGACCCGCAGCCCCCACACAGCAACGGUGCCCGCCCCCUUCUCCAAGACCCGCAGCCCCCACACAACCGAGGGACUCAGCAGUGAAUCGCAGAGAGACUUUGCGCCGCGACCAGGCUCGGGCUACGUGCCUGAUGAGAUCUGGAGAAAAGCUGAGGAAGCGGUGAACGAGGUGAAGCGUCAGGCCAUGGACGAGGUCCAGAAAGCGGUGGCCGAGGCGGAGCACAAGGCCUUUGAGAUGAUCGCGUCCGAGCGGGCCAAGAUGGAGAAGACACUGUCCGAGGCCAAGAGGAAGGCCACCGAGGACGCCAUCCAGGUCAUCAACGAGCAGGAAGACUCCAGCGAGUGUUGCUGGAACUGUGGACGCAAGGCCAGCGAGACGUGCAGCGGCUGCAAUGCGGCGCGUUACUGCGGCUCCUUCUGCCAGCACAAGGACUGGGAGCGCCACCACCUCAUCUGCAGCCCCGGCCUGCAGACCCAGCCCAAGCCCGUGUCCGCCAUCACCGCAGCCAGGGCCGCUGCAGCCGCCGCCGCUGUUACCGCAGGAGCCAAGGCCCCCGAGGGCGUACCAACCGCUGCCAGCCCCGGGGGGGAGAAGGGGUCGGUCCCCUCUCGUUCCUCCACUCCGUCCACUCCCACAGUGCUAGAGACCAAUGGGCAGUAGGAACUAGGACUAGGACUAGUGAUACUGGCUCUCACUCAAGAUGGCCUCCAUUCCCAUUUUCCUUCCAUUCUGUUGUUCCUGACUGUUCAUAAUGGACACCAGGACCGUAUGCCCCAAAAUGGCUUCCUUUCUUUGUUUCCUGUUCCUCUUGAACUGCUGACCGGUGAAAGGUGCUGGUUUCCAUUGUUCCAUCGUUUGGCUGUCACCCGUCGGGUAUCUUUAGGUUAGCGGUUGGCUAUUUAGGUUCUAAAGGUAUCUUUAGGUUAGCGGUUGGCUAUUUAGGUUCUAAAUGUAUCUUUAGGUUAGCGGUUGCGAGGGAGAGGAGAGGAGGGAAGGAAGCUGUUUUGAAGACUUGACACCGACCUUAAUUUAGCCAAGGAAGUGACGUCAUAUGACAGGAAAUGAGUGAACGGAGGAGGAAAUUAGGUCAUUGAUGUCACCAGUCAUGUCACACACAGAAAGAGGACAAAUGGGGAACGGUUUGCUUUGGUAAUGGUGGGCAGAAGACAGACAGACUCAUCUGCUUUGGGACUUGGAGGAUCCAUCUUCAACAUUUGGACAAACAGACAAUCCACCCGACAGAUGGACACUUGUUUCACUUCAUCCAAAAUCUCAAUCCCUGAGACAACUGAGGACCGACUUCAGACCAAGCUUCUUUUUUUUUUUAAGGGGACAAUGGGGGGGGGGGUGUAUGAGAUUUGGAAUGGUCCUUUAUACCCACUUGGGUGAGUGAUGGUCGAAGUACUCUCUGCAUAUUUCCUAGUUUACCAUUGUGUAUAUAAAGCUAAGAGCAAAGAGGGUUAUGGGUCGGUGUUGACAGUGUCAUAAACAGUACCAGCUCUAGAGCAUCUCAUGUCUGGAAAUACAUUUUGGAGGUGACAUGAUAGCGAAGUCACCUCCGCAAUCCUGUUUGUAUAGCUCUCCUACUUUUCUUGCUCGCACAAGUUAUUCGUCAGGUUCCUUUUUGAGUGUGCGUAUGUACGCUUCUGUCAAAACGGGCGUUCCAUCGGUCGAUAUUGUAAAAUAAAGAAUUAUGACUCAUUUCAGAGCAAUAUAAAAAUACUAAGUGUUGAGGUAUUCACAAGCUGUUAUGCAUCACCAAAGUUUUCAAACGCUAAAUGAGUGUGUCACUGCCUGUAACUGACUGCUGUUGUUACACAGAAUAAAUAUACAGAAACACUUGUUUUGUUCUAUGA